UUUCAGUACCAAAAGCGGUAACCCCAAGCUACACUCGGGCUUACCAUGCGGCGCUGCAUAGGGAGUCCCUGCAGCACUUACCUUGUCCUUCGCAGCGUCCCCGUCCAUCUCCUCCGGCCGAUGCCGGCAUCCGGCUCCUGUGUUCCGGUCCCUGUGACGUUGGGACGUACGGGCGCCGGCGGCGGCAAGAAAUUUGAAAAUUUAAAAAAAAUUUAAUUUUUUUCAAAACAAUUUUACAUAUGCUUUGUCCGGCGCCCUGCCUACAUUUUGACUGUUCUUUCU